CAGCGAAAGAACGUGAUAAAAUUGCUUUGGGUAUAGUGGGAUGACAUUUAUUCAUUUAAUGAAUUUCUCGUCGACAACAAGCAACGCAUCUCCUUGAGCUAUGGCUACAGAAGCACUACAGGAACUACUAAAGGACUACGAUCUUGAACAGAACGGAUUUCUCGACAAGACUGAGUGGAUCAAGCUGUGCGCACAGGACGGUAUCAAUUUGUCGCCGGAUUUGGCGAGUGCCCUUUUUGAUGGGCUUGACACAGAUGCUGAUGGACAGGUACAAAUAGGAGAUAUUGUGAAAGAGCUUUCGAACUCGGAAACAGCUAUGGAGUUUCCCCAAACUCCCCUACUAUCGGACCGAAGGUCGUUGUCAUUUGAUCAAUCGCAUCAGGGCAAUGAAAGCCCAUCAGCAGUUCCACUGAACCAGGCUAAUCGGCCCAGAGAGUCAAGACGAAAAAUGAAACGAAAUUAUCAACAAAAAGACCACAGUCGCUUUCUCAGUCAAUCUUCCGGAGCUCAUAGUGAUAAUAAUGGUGGUCUUUUCACGACAAAGAAAGAGUUAGCUGAAGACGGAUCUGAAGUAUUCUGCACCACACCGGUUCCCAUUCACCCAAGGUACAAAAACUUGAUGGAACUGGAGACAGAAAUCAGUCGUAGCUAUCCAAAACUACUUCCAUCUUUCAACAAUGUGAUUGAAGAUUUUCGCACGGAAAUCAUUUCGUCAAGGCAAGAACAGUCAAGUUUGGAACAAAACUAUUUGAGGCAACCGAAUAUGCUGCACCAGGCCGCCUCAUGUUUCAGUCGCUACGAUAUUCGCGACAUCGUGAUACAUGUACAUUCGUAA